CGGCAUGGAGGCGGUGGCGGCGGCCGGGAGGAGCCGCCCGCCGGGGCAGUAGCCGCACUUGUUAGUGUUGGGGGAGGAGGGGGUCGGGGGACGCCAACACCGUCACCCCAGGACGCCGAGGAGAAGGCGGGCGGGGGGUGGGGGCGAGAUCAGGCUCCGACCCCCGGCCGAGGGGAUGAGGGGAGCAUGGGCGCCAAGGAGUCACGGAUCGGAUUCCUCAGCUACGAGGAGGCGCUGAGGAGAGUUACAGAUGUAGAGCUGAAACGACUUAAAGAUGCCUUCAAGAGGACCUGUGGACUCUCAUAUUACAUGGGUCAGCACUGCUUCAUCAGGGAAGUGCUUGGGGAUGGAGUGCCUCCAAAAGUUGCUGAGGUGAUUUACUGUUCUUUUGGUGGAACAUCCAAAGGGCUGCACUUCAAUAACUUAAUAGUUGGACUUGUCCUCCUUACAAGAGGCAGAGAUGAAGAGAAAGCAAAAUAUAUUUUUAGUCUCUUUUCAAGUGAAUCUGGGAGCUAUGUUGUACGGGAAGAAAUGGAAAGAAUGCUCCAUGCGGUUGAUGGUAAAGUUCCAGAAACACUCAGGAAGUGUUUCUCAGAGGGUGAAAAGGUAAACUAUGAAAAGUUUAGAAAUUGGCUUCUUCUAAACAAAGAUGCUUUUACCUUCUCUCGUUGGCUACUGUCUGGAGGUGUAUAUGUUACCCUCACUGAUGAUAGUGAUACUCCCACUUUCUACCAAACUCUGGCUGGAGUCACACAUUUGGAAGAAUCAGACAUCAUUGAUCUUGAGAAACGCUAUUGGUUGCUGAAGGCUCAAUCACGGACUGGACGAUUUGAUUUAGAAACCUUUGGCCCAUUGGUUUCUCCACCUAUUCGUCCAUCUCUAAGUGAAGGUUUGUUUAAUGCUUUUGAUGAAAAUCGUGACAAUCACAUAGAUUUUAAAGAGAUAUCCUGUGGGUUAUCAGCCUGUUGCAGGGGGCCCCUAGCUGAAAGACAAAAAUUUUGUUUCAAGGUAUUUGAUGUUGACCGUGAUGGAGUUCUCUCCAGGGUUGAACUGAGAGACAUGGUAGUUGCACUUUUAGAGGUCUGGAAGGACAACCGAACUGAUGAUAUCCCUGAAUUACACAUGAAUCUCUCCGAUAUUGUAGAAGGCAUAUUGAAUGCACAUGACACCACAAAGAUGGGCCAUCUUACUCUGGAAGACUAUCAGAUCUGGAGUGUGAAAAAUGUUCUUGCCAAUGAAUUUUUGAAUCUCCUCUUCCAGGUUUGUCAUAUAGUUCUGGGAUUACGACCAGCAACUCCAGAAGAAGAAGGACAAAUUAUUAGAGGAUGGUUAGAACGAGAAAGCAGGUAUGGUCUGCAGCCAGGACACAAUUGGUUUAUCAUCUCCAUGCAGUGGUGGCAGCAGUGGAAAGAAUAUGUCAAAUACGAUGCCAACCCUGUUGUAAUUGAGCCAUCAUCUGUUCUGAAUGGAGGGAAAUUUUCCUUCGGAACAGCACUACAUUCUGUGGAGCAAGGUGAAGAUAAAAUUGGAGGCAACCUCAGUUAUGUGAAUACCACAGAAGAGAAAUUUUCAGACAAUAUUUCUACUGCAUCUGAAGCCUCGGAAACUGCUGGCAGUGGCUUUCUGUAUUCUACAACACCAGGGACAGAUAUGUGCUUUGCUCGACAACAUAACACUUCUGACAAUAACAACCAGUGUUUGCUAGGAGCCAAUGGGAAUAUUCUGUUGCACCUUAAUCCUCAGAAACCAGGAGCUAUUGAUAACCAGCCACUAGUAACUCAAGAACCAGUAAAGGCUACAUCAUUAACACUAGAAGGAGGCCGAUUAAAACGAACUCCACAGCUAAUCCAUGGAAGAGAUUAUGAAAUGGUUCCAGAACCUGUAUGGAGAGCACUUUAUCAUUGGUAUGGAGCAAACCUGGCUCUACCUAGACCAGUGAUCAGAAAUAGCAAGACAGACAUCCCAGAAUUGGAAUUAUUUCCUCGCUAUCUUCUCUUCUUGAGACAGCAGCCUGCCACUCGAACACAGCAGUCUAACAUCUGGGUGAAUAUGGGAAAUGUACCUUCUCCGAAUGCACCUUUAAAGCGGGUGUUAGCCUAUACAGGCUGUUUUAGUAGAAUGCAGACCAUCAAGGAAAUUCAUGAGUAUCUAUCUCAAAGGCUUCGCAUUAAAGAGGAAGAUAUGCGCCUGUGGCUAUAUAAUAGUGAGAAUUACCUUACUCUUCUGGAUGAUGAGGAUCAUAGAUUGGAAUAUUUGAAAAUCCAGGAUGAACAGCACCUAGUAAUUGAAGUUCGAAACAAAGAUAUGAGUUGGCCUGAGGAAAUGUCCUUUAUAGCAAACAGUAGUAAAAUUGAUCGACACAAGGUUCCCACAGAAAAGGGAGCCACAGGUCUGAGUAACCUGGGAAAUACUUGCUUCAUGAAUUCAAGCAUUCAGUGUGUUAGUAACACACAGCCACUGACACAGUAUUUUAUCUCAGGGAGACAUCUUUAUGAACUCAACAGGACAAAUCCCAUUGGUAUGAAGGGGCAUAUGGCUAAAUGCUAUGGUGAUUUAGUACAAGAACUUUGGAGUGGAACUCAGAAGAAUGUUGCCCCCUUAAAGCUUCGGUGGACCAUAGCAAAAUAUGCUCCCAGGUUUAAUGGGUUCCAGCAACAAGACUCCCAAGAACUUCUGGCUUUUCUUUUGGAUGGUCUUCAUGAGGAUCUCAACCGAGUCCAUGAGAAGCCAUAUGUGGAACUGAAAGACAGUGAUGGACGACCAGACUGGGAAGUAGCUGCAGAGGCCUGGGACAACCAUCUGAGAAGAAAUAGAUCAAUUGUUGUAGAUUUAUUCCAUGGGCAGCUAAGAUCCCAAGUCAAAUGCAAGACAUGUGGGCAUAUAAGUGUCCGAUUUGACCCUUUCAAUUUUUUGUCUUUGCCACUACCAAUGGACAGCUAUAUGCAUUUAGAAAUAACAGUAAUUAAGUUGGAUGGUACUACCCCUAUACGAUAUGGACUAAGACUAAAUAUGGAUGAAAAGUACACAGGUUUAAAAAAACAGCUGAGUGAUCUCUGUGGACUAAAAUCAGAACAAAUCCUUCUUGCAGAAGUACAUGGUUCCAACAUAAAGAACUUUCCUCAGGACAACCAAAAAGUACGACUCUCAGUGAGUGGAUUUUUAUGUGCAUUUGAAAUUCCCAUCCCUGUAUCUCCAGUUUCAGCUUCUAGUCCAGUACAGACAGAUUUCUCCUCUUCCCCAUCUACAAAUGGAAUGUUCGCUCUAACUACCAAUGGGGACCUGGCUCGACCAAUAUUCAUCCCAAAUGGAAUGCCAAACACUGUUGUGCCAUGUGUAACUGAGAAGAACUUUACCAAUGGAAUGGUGAAUGGCCAUAUGCCAUCUCUUCCUGACAACCCCUUUACGGGAUACAUCAUUGCAGUCCACCGAAAAAUGAUGAGAACAGAAUUGUAUUUCCUGUCAUCUCAGAAGAAUCGCCCCAGCCUCUUUGGAAUGCCACUGAUUGUUCCAUGUACUGUGCAUACCCGGAAAAAAGAUCUAUAUGAUGCAGUUUGGAUUCAAGUAUCUCGUUUAGCUAGCCCUCUCCCACCUCAGGAAGCUAGUAACCAUGCUCAGGAUUGUGAUGACAGUAUGGGCUAUCAAUAUCCAUUCACUCUACGAGUUGUGCAGAAAGAUGGGAACUCCUGUGCUUGGUGCCCGUGGUAUAGAUUUUGCAGAGGCUGUAAAAUUGAUUGUGGGGAAGAUAGAGCUUUCAUUGGAAAUGCGUAUAUUGCUGUGGAUUGGGAUCCCACAGCCCUUCAUCUCCGCUAUCAAACAUCACAGGAAAGAGUUGUAGAUGAGCACGAAAGUGUGGAGCAGAGUCGGCGAGCACAAGCUGAGCCCAUCAACCUGGACAGUUGUCUCCGUGCUUUCACCAGUGAGGAGGAACUAGGGGAAAAUGAGAUGUACUACUGUUCCAAGUGUAAGACCCACUGCUUAGCAACCAAAAAGCUGGAUCUCUGGAGGCUUCCCCCUAUCUUGAUUAUUCACCUUAAACGAUUUCAGUUUGUAAACGGUCGAUGGAUAAAAUCACAAAAAAUUGUUAAAUUUCCUCGUGAAAAUUUUGACCCUAGUGCUUUUUUGGUACCAAGAGACCCAGCUCUCUGCCAUCGUAAACUACUCACACCCCAGGGGGAUGAUGUCUCUGAACCAAGGGUUCCAGCAGGAGAGGUGAAGAAAGUAGAUGCCCAGAGCUCUGCUGGGGAAGAAGAUGUGCUCCUGAGCAAGAGCCCAUCCUCACUCAGUGCAAACCUUACAGGGAGCCCAAAAGGUUCACCUUCUUCAUCAAGGAAAAGUGGAACCAGCUGUCCCUCCAGCAAAAAUAGCAGCCCUAACAGCAGCCCACGGACUUUGGGAAGGAGCAAAGGGAGGCUCCGCCUGCCUCAGAUUGGCAGCAAAAAUAAAUUGUCAAGUAGUAAGGAAAACUUGGAUGCCAGCAAAGAGAAUGGGGCUGGGCAGAUCUGUGAGCUGGCUGAUAUCUUGAGCAGAGGGCACAUACUAGGAGGUAGCCAACCUGAACUGGUCACCCCCCAGGACCACGAUGUCACUUUGGCCAAUGGAUUCCUUUAUGAGCAUGAGACAUGUGGCAAUGGCUACAGCAAUGGUCAACUUGGAAACCACAGUGAAGAAGACAGCACUGAUGACCAAAGAGAAGAUACUCAUAUUAAACCUAUUUAUAAUCUGUAUGCAAUUUCGUGCCAUUCAGGAAUUCUGGGUGGGGGCCAUUACGUCACUUAUGCCAAAAACCCAAACUGCAAGUGGUACUGUUACAAUGACAGCAGCUGUAAGGAACUUCACCCUGAUGAAAUUGACACCGACUCUGCCUACAUUCUUUUCUAUGAGCAGCAGGGGAUAGACUAUGCACAAUUUCUGCCAAAGAUUGAUGGUAAAAAGAUGGCAGACACAAGCAGCAUGGAUGAAGACUUUGAGUCCGAUUACAAAAAGUACUGUGUGUUACAGUAAAGCUACCACUCUGGCUGCUAGACAGGCUGGUGGUGAGGGAGAUGACUCCUUGUAGCUGACAUUUGGCAAAAGCAUCGCUGAAAGGCAAGCUAAGUGUAGUUAUUUUAUCCUGUGACCCUGAAGCACAAAAUAAAAAUCCUAAUUAAAAUAGUAGUUAACUUUAA